CAGUGUUUCAAGAGCAAAACAAAACACUGCUAAACAUCUGCAAAACAUUUGUUCUCUUUGACAUGAGAUUUCCUCACUCAACUCUGAGUCCUAAACACACAACACUCUGUGUCUGGCCAGAGCUCAGAGCUGAGAGGAGCGUCUUGUGCUGCUGCAUCAAGCUCGUGUCUUUCUGGUGGAUUUGAAGUGUUUUUAGAGCAUCAUGGCAGUGAGAGGGCUUCUCUUGGUGUUCUGUCUUCUCCUGCUGGCACGCUGCACGCUCCAGCAGACCUCCUCGACCAAAAGAAAUGGAAAGAAAGACUCUGCAAACAGCGCAGCAAUCGAGGAGCUGAAGAAACAGAUUAAUGACAUUGUUCAAGAGCUGAACGUGCUGAAAGAGCAGCAAGCUUUACAAACAGUUUGUCUACGAGGCACAAAGAUCCUCGGGAAGUGUUUCCUGGCCGACCCCGUUAAGAAGAGCUUUCAUGCCGCCAGCGAAGACUGCAUCGCCAAAGGAGGCAGCCUGGUCACUCCUCUGACCGGCGACGAGAACGACCAGCUGUACAGCUACGUCCGCCAGAGCAUCGGCCCCGAGGAGCACGUGUGGCUGGGCGUCAACGACAUAGUGACUGACGGCCAGUGGGUGGACCAGUCCGGUUCCAACGUGCGCUUCAAGAACUGGGAGACAGAGAUCACCCUGCAGCCGGAUGGAGGCCGCAGCCAGAACUGUGCCAUCCUCUCCACCACCGCGAAUGGGAAGUGGUUCGAUGAGAGCUGCCGAGCUGAGAAGGCGUCAGUGUGCGAGUUCAACAUUGUCUGAUGCGUCAAUCUGCAACCUACACAGAUACACACACGUGAACAUUUCACACUGCUUGCAAGAAAGGGGGAAACAUGAGUAUCAGGUGCAUUAAUGCAAUUCU